AUGAAAGUGAUCAUCCUAUCUGAAGGCCUUGAAGCUGAUGAGGAGCCAAAAGAAAUAUAUAUGUUUGGCAGUGGAAAUAUCAUUUUCGCACAUGUCAACGUCCCAAUUCUACCCGAAGAAAUGAAUAAAUUGCUUGAACUAAAAGUAGAGCAGAAUAUUUUGUCACAUGCAUUGGUAAACGCGGUUUUACAGACUUGGGAAGGACAAAUCAGAAAACAAGAACACCUCAAUAAUACUGUUCUUGUGUAA